UUGGCAUCUAAUUUGUCCUUUUCCUAUUUUUGUGGUGCAAAAUCUUCUGAUCUUGCAAUUUCAAUAGUAAUAACAUCACUAAUCAGAUCUGACAUAAGUAAUCUCUUUAAUUUUUAUACUGAGAGAGAGAAGUGAGAAAAAUAAAAAUCACACAACCCAACAAGCAAAGAUCCACAAAACUAAAACUUGCAUAAGAAAAAAACCAUCUUGAACACAAUCAAUCAUCUACAGUUACAGGGGCAGUUUUAAAAGCUUUGAUAUGGAGGAUUUGAUUGAAACCAGAUUGUACUUUUGCUUUCAUUGUAGAAACCAUGUUGCUCUUCAUGAUGAUGUGAUUUCAAAAGCCUUUCAGGGAAGAAAUGGAAGAGCUUUUCUGUUUUCACAUGCAAUGAAUGUAACAAUAGGGCCACAAGAAGACAAGGAACUCGUUACAGGUCUUCAUACAAUUGCUGAUGUCUACUGUUGUGAUUGUUCUCAAGUGCUUGGUUGGAAGUAUGAAAGAGCUUAUGAGGAAACUCAGAAGUACAAGGAAGGCAAAUAUUGUUAGAGAAAAUUUGUAGUCAAUGGCAUACACAAUAUGAAUCAUCGCUCAUAAAUUCUUCUAUGCUCACAAAAUUUUAGAUAUAAGAUUUAGACACACUAACAAAUUGAAAAAGGUAAAAAAGAGAAAAUAAUUAAAUAAUAUGUAUUUAUAUGUGUUUUCAAAUUUUGUACCUAAAAUUUUGUGACCGUUCAAGUAUUUUUCUCAUCUCAAUAUGUCUAUUGUGUAUAGGUGAAUAUAUUCUACAUGUUCAAUUUCAAUUUCAAUUUGAGCAUGAUUUAAAUUCAGCUGUUG